AUGGAUCUGUUGGGUCCGAGUCUGGAGGAUGUGAUGGAAACAGUCGGCGGGACACCAAACCCGAGAAUUUCUUGUACGGUCCGUCGGGAAAUGACAAAUACAAUAUCGUCUAUAUCAUCGACUUUGGUCUCUGCAAACAAUACUGAUAACGGAAAGCACAUCCAUUUUCGUGACAGAAAAGGUAUUAUAGGAACAGCACGUUAUAUGAGUAUUAAUAACCACAAGGGAUACGAACAGAGCCGACGGGACGACAUGGAAACACUCGGCUAUAUGUUAGUAUACUUCUUGAAGGGUGAGCUACCGCGGAUGGGCAUCAAGAUUAAGGAAGUAAAAGAACGAUACAAUCAAAUCUCAAAAGUGAAACAGCGAACAACCACUGAGUCCCUGUGCGCUGACAUUCCCGUAGAGUUCUGCAACUAUUUGAAGGACAUUAAGUCUCUCGAAUUUACCGAUGAACCCAAAUAUAGGGAAUACAGCGCUUGGUUUAAGCGAUUGUUAAGAAAGAAGUCAACUAACAAAAGCAAAGAAGGAAAAGACAUCUAUGACUUCAACAGAACUCAUCAAAAGCGCUGA